AUGAAGGGUGGCUAUUAUUGGCCCACAUUAUUUAGAGAUGCACAUGUAUGGGAUAGAAAGUGCAAAGAAUGCGCUUUGUUUGCUGGCAAAGAGAGAUUGGCAACUUUACCUUUGCAGCCAAUCCAGGUUGAACAACCCUUCAUGAGGUGGGGUUUGGACUUUAUUGGGGUGAUAAACCCUUCAUCCAGUGCUGGCAAUAAGUGGGUACUUACAACCAUAGACUAUUUCACCAAAUGGACUGAAGCAGUGGCACUAAAGGAGGCAAAUGAGUCUACUAUUCUAAAUUUUUAUGAAGAUUUGGUUGCCAGAUUUGGAGUUCCCAAGUCCAUCAUUUCAGACAAUGGUCUUGCUUUUGUUGGUCUUAAAAUCUCUGAUUGGGGUGUCAAGAAAGGGAUCUACCUAAAUACAUCCUCCAACUACUAUCCGCAAAGCAAUGGCUAG